AUGGGGAACUUAGUUCUAUAUUAUGCUAGGGUCGUCCUAGCUGUUAUCGUAUUGUUAAUAUCUGCCCUAUACGGUACUAUUGCAUCCAUUAUAUGUACCUUGAUCAGGAAACAACAUCUAGCUCAAUAUACCACUGCCAGAUUUUAUUACAAUGCUAUGAAAUAUAUUAUGGGUAUUGAUGUCAAGGUUAUAGGCGAGGAAAAAUUAAAAAAAAAACCAUUCAUCGCUGUGUCUAAUCAUCAAUCUACUUUAGAUAUUUUGAUGCUAGGUAGAAUGUUCCCACCAGGUUGUACUAUUACUGCUAAGACUUCUUUAAAAUAUAUUCCUUUCUUAGGUUGGUUCAUGGCUUUAAGUGGUACCUAUUUCUUAAAUAGAUCAAAUAGACAACAAAGUGUCGAUACUUUGAAUGACGGAUUAAGAACCAUCAAGGAAAAGAAGAGAGCAUUGUGGAUCUUCCCAGAGGGAACAAGAUCUUACUCUACUGAUUUAAAGAUCUUACCAUUUAAGAAAGGUGCUUUCCAUUUGGCUCAACAAGGUAAAAUUCCAAUCGUACCAAUUGUCGUUUCAAAUACCAGUACUCUGAUGAAUUCCAAGUACCAUGUUUUUAACAGAGGUGUCAUCACCGUCAAAGUUUUAGAUCCUAUUAGUACCGAGAAUUUGCAAAAGGACGAUAUUGCUAAAUUCAGUGAGGAUUUAAGAGAUAAGAUGUUUGAAGAAUUGAAAGAAAUUGGUUAUUCUAAAGCCAUUAACGAAACGAAUGUCCCACCUGAAUCUGUUCGUUAUUCCGAACAACAGGGUAUCGAACGUUUGUCUUCCAAGAGUAAAGAUUCCGCUGUUUCAUCUGCUACUAAUUUGCUAUGUCAAACAGAUUAG